CCGGUGCGCCAGGGAUCAGGGUGGGCCAGGCGCGUGCCCUGUGGUCCGUUGUUACCACCCGGGGCCCAAAGGCCCACUUUUCCCUUUCAGCACAGAUGUCAGUUUGUACUGGGGCAGAGCAGUUGUCUGGGGAGUUUGCUGGCGUCUUCCAAAGAGAUCUAGGAGACUCAGGAUUUACAACUUUCUCAGGCAAAUAGAUUCCCACCUGCCUCCCCAAAGUCAAGUCACCCAGUAAGACAACUGCCAACAGCCUCAGCAGCAUCCAGAUCCUCCUUAAGAGCACAGUGCAUUCACACAAAGCCAACAUGGCAUACAAUUCACAACUUACCUUCAAGACGAUGAAGGCACAGAGGGGAUAACAGAUCCUGCAGCACAACUGGAGGUACUGAAUUUUUCGCAUAUAACUUGGAAGCUAAAUUAGCCACAAAAAUGAAGAGAGCAAAUCAUCUCUCGACCACUAGUAAGAAGUCAACAGGUGUUCCAGAAUUACCUCAUAAGAAAGGAAAACUGAAUUCAUCACAUAAGACAAAAGAAAAACAUAAUGCCAAGCCUACAUAUGAAAAAAUUGAACCAAUGGUCCUCAGGUCUCCACCCACAGGAGAGUCAAUUGUACGGUAUGCCUUGCCAAUACCAUCAACUAUGACGAAAGACUUAGUAUCAGAUGCUGAAAUGGUCAGGAGGAUUGCCAAAAACCUGAAGAUGGUUGUUUCUUCCUUGGAAAACACCUAUGGAGUUCACAGUGAUGAUGGAGAAAAAGAAGAAGAAAAACCUGAAGAAGAAGAAGAAGAAGAGGAAGAAGAAGAAGAAGAAGAAUACGUAUCUGUUGGUGAUGAUAUGAAUUCAUUCUUGUUGUGCUGUUCACAAUUUGCCGCUCAGCUGGAGGAAGCAGUUAAGGAAGAACGUAAUAUUUUAGAGUCUCUUUACAAGUGGUUUCAGCAACAAGUCAACCAAAUGGAGGAGAUAAGUAAAGACCAAAGUAAUUUACAAAGAGAUAUUCCAUCAGAUAAGUUCGUCAAAUUGGGCAUUACACAAAUUGCGAAGCUCUUACAUAAAUUUGAAGAAAUUAGAAAUCGCCUAAGGGAGCGUAAGGUGUCUGAGAAGUCUAAAGAGCCGGAAAAAGAGGUUGUAGCUGAACCAACGAAAACUUAUGAACUUAUAGAAAAGGAAAUUGAAGAGUUCAUAAAAUCCCAUUCAGAUAUAGAAUUUCAAACUGUUUCUGAAACUGAGUCAGGUACUCCUUCUUCAAUGACUAAUCGGGUUUCUGUGAUGAUGAAAAUAUUUGAAAAUCAGACAACUAUGUUACAGAAAGCUUUAAAUGAUCAGACUGAAGCUGAGGCUAAAUGUAAAGUGAUGGAAACUAAUUACGAAAUAUUAUUAUCAGAAAAAAACCUGCUGGAAAGUGAAAUACAACAGCUGAAGGAAAUAGAGAGGUUAAAGUCUACAACCAAAGAAGAUCGAACCAAGAAAACUGGAAAAUCAGAAAAGAAAAAAGAUAAAGAUUCAGAAAGGAAGAUAUCUCCAAAUGGAGAACUUCACUCAUUUGAAGAACUGGCUGAAAUCCAAGAAGCUGAAAGAAGUAAGUCUCAACUCAACCUUGCCCUAAAUCAAAAGACAGCGGUGCCUAAAGAGGGGAAGAGCAAAACAAAACUGGACCGGGCUCAAAGUAAAUCAAAGGUUAAGGUUGAAGAUUCAAAAGAUUCCCUACUGAAGAAGAGUGACACACAGUCCGCUGGACAGAGGCAGGAUCAGGAAGCUGAAAGAAGUAAGUCUCAACUCAACCUUGCCCUAAAUCAAAAGACAGCGGUGCCUAAAGAGGGGAAGAGCAAAACAAAACUGGACCGGGCUCAAAGUAAAUCAAAGGUUAAGGUUGAAGAUUCAAAAGAUUCCCUACUGAAGAAGAGUGACACACAGUCCGCUGGACAGAGGCAGGAUCAGACCUCAUCUGAUCAGAGUAAAAGAAAAUAGAAGAGAAUGCCUGGCCAUAUGGGCGUCUAUGUUUUAUUAGCCAAAUAGAAUUUUUGAAGUACUUUGGAAGACCCUCGACCUUUCCAGAGUGGACAGAAGCAGAAGGAGAUUCCCACCUCAGCAGAUAUGUGGCAUUGCUUGCAAUAAAAAACAUUCUUCUGCUCUUGCCAA